AUGGCAAGAAUGCACACCGCUGGCAAAGGCCAGUCUAUCUCUAUGAAGCCGCUAUCUACCACAGUGCCUACUUUUAUGACCAAGCCAAUCUACGAAAUCAAAAAGGAUAUCAUCCAGCAUGCCAACAAGGGAAUGGUACCUUCUGCCAUUGGGAAUCUUCUGAGAGACCAGUACGGAGUAGGAAAUGCAAAGGACAUUCUUGGAAAGACUAUUUUGGAGUUUUGUAAGGAGAACAACUGUGCCCCCAUUAUUCCAGAGGAUCUCAACUCGCUUAUCAGAAAGUCAAAUGUUAUCAGACUUCAUCUUCUUAGCCACAGGAAGGAUAACGAUGCUAAAUACAGGCUCAACUUGAUCAAUUCAAGAGUUCACAGGCUGGUUAGAUAUUAUAAGGAGACGAGUGUACUGCCUGGAAAUUGGAAACCGGUGUUUACUGCUGAAUAA